AUGUCCGACCCCCCUGCCAUUGUGUUCCAGGAGUUCCGCCGCUACCGCCGCCAAUACGUCGAGUACUCGGACGGCACCAAGCUCACCCGGCGCGUCCACAAGGCCACUUUUGUGCCCCUCACGCCCUGGACCGCCGUCCUCUCCCCUCCUGCCUCGUCGUCGUCGUCCUCCGCGCCCCUGCCGGUCCUCCACCUCUCCCUCGUCGUCGAGCACCAGGCCGCGGGCGAGCCCAAGCACUGGUCCUUGCUCUGCCACCGCGAGGACGACCCUCGCGGGCGCCUCUGGCAGGUCACGGGCGACGCCGGGCGCAUGCGCUACGCGCACCUGCCCGACGCGGACAAGCUGAGCGGCGGCGGGGGUGGUGAUGUGGCGUGGCGUCAGGUCUUGAACGGCGAGCUGACGGCCGCGCAGCGCGCGACGGUGGAAGAGGUCGUGGGGACGGAGCCGCCGCCCAGGGCGAAUAUCAGGGCGGAUGUCAAGGAAAACUGUCAGGGCUGGGUGAUGAGGGUGCUGAGGAGGCUAGCGGCCGAGGGGAUCGUGGAGGAGAUUGAGGUGGACAAGUUGCGGGAGCAGAUGGAUCCUCUCAAGUGA